AUGCCGGAUAAUGAGUUCCCAGGUCUCGUAACGGACUUCCCUGCCGUCACUGAACAUGGGGGCGUCGGGGCUUCCUCCUCCCGCCCGUACGGAGACGCAGAGGACAUCUUGAAGCACCUCAAGAGUCUUUUUGCUAACCCGAAUCGGAAGGCCGAGGCGUACUCUGCGUACCACCAGUUGACAAUGAAGCCUCGGGAUAGCUUUAGUGACUUCCUCGCCGGAUUCCUUCAACUCGCCGAAGGGGCCUGUGUGGUCCGCGAAAAUCUCCGGGGCCUUUACCUGUGGUACCAGGCCUACGAAAGAAAAGUGAGUCGCACCAGAGACGAAAACUCGAGGAAAUCCGACCGGAAAUCCGACUGGAGGAAGUUCGAUCGAAAGGCUAAUGGCUCCCGACCCAAUCGCGACGCUGACGAAAAAAGACACCGAGGCGACGACAAACUCGUCAAAUCGACAGACGAAUCCCGGGUCACCUUCGAUGACAUUACUGAGCAGUGUCAAAGCAUUUCCCACGAAAUUUCACUCCAGCAGAACUCGCGCACGGGCUUCUUCGGUCAAAACACCAAAACUCCCCGUGGAGGCGCAUCCACCGCUCACGCUGGUUCGAGCAUGGCGAAUUUUGCCCGGUAA